CGACCUGAAGAGGCGUUUCUAAAGCCGUGACGUCGGGUAGGUAGAGAUGUCAUGGCGUCUGUGGAUCCGGACCUGGAGCUGCAACUCUGAUAAAGACUGAUUCGUUAACGGGAGUCGGAAUGGAAACAAAUGCAGACCUGCAUCGGGAAAUCGGAGGUGGCAUUCCUUGCUCAAGCAAAACGGGAGAAAUGACCGACAGCAAAGCAGUCGAUGGUCUUAAAAGCGCAGCCGAGGGCUGCAAGGAUACUGGUGUAGCUUCUGCCCCUAGUACUUUGGCUAGUAGUGACAGCAGCACCACUGCUACGACAAGCUCACCCAAAGCUUCCUCGGGUAAUCGGAAAUCAGAAGGUGGUUUUGAAAAUUGCGAAUCUGUCCCGGUUCGAAACACUGCGGUCCAGUCUAACACUGGGUUGGAUAACGCGGAUUCUGGCGAGCAGCUGAGCAAUGGGCUGGGACAGGCUCUGCCGGCGGAUCCCGACCGUGACGGUGAUGGUGGCACUACAAAGUUGGUAAAUAAGACGGGUGGCCCUCCUUCCGAGCACGUAAAGCCGGCUUCGGAAAUGACAGGCGAUCAAAAGGCUGCCGGGCACGGAGCGUCGCCGGAGCGGUCGAAGAUGUCGCCCCCGACAAAGCUUUGUCCGGACAAAGCGAGUUUGAUCAAAGCACGGUUGGUAUCCAGUGAAAAUUUGGCCGAGGAGCCGAGUGGGAGUGAGCCCAGCCCCCCAGGUGAAACGCAGAGCAUAGAUUCCCUAGAGUCCUUCUCCAAUCUCAACUCCUGUCCCAGCUCAGACCUCAACAGCGAGGGGGCCGAGGACAGGGUGCUGGCUAUUGCGCUACAGAGCGACGAGUACGGGGCAGGAGAUGCUAAGCUAGCCGCGUUCAGUAAGGAUCGCACCGCCGGCCAGUCCAUAUACCACAUCAAGUGGACCAAGUGGAAGGACGAAAACACCCCGAUUAUCACUCAGAACGAAAACGGGCCGUGCCCCUUGCUUGCGAUAAUGAAUGUCCUUUUACUGGCGUGGAAGGUAAAGAUGCCACCAAUGAUGGAAAUUAUUACAGCUGAACAGCUAAUGGAGUAUCUAGGAGACUACAUUCUUGAGGCUAAACCGAAAGAGAUUUCUGAAGCUCAGCGGCUCAACUAUGAGCAGAACAUGAGCGACGCCAUGGCUGUCCUCCACAAGCUGCAGACGGGGCUGGACGUCAACGUGAGGUUCACGGGGGUGCGGGUGUUCGAGUACACGCCCGAGUGCAUCGUGUUCGACCUGCUGGACAUCCCCCUGUACCACGGCUGGCUGCUGGACCCGCAGAUGGACGACAUUGUGAAAGCAGUAGGGAACUGCAGUUACAACCAGCUGGUGGAGAAGAUAAUCUCUUGUAAACAGUCUGAUAACAGCGAGCUGGCAGGGGAAGGCUUCGUGGCCGAGCAGUUCCUGAACAGCACGGCCACUCAGCUGACCUAUCACGGGUUGUGUGAGCUGACCUCUACUGUGCAGGAGGGAGAGCUCUGCGUCUUCUUCAGGAACAACCACUUCAGCACCAUGACCAAACACAAGGGGCAGCUGUACCUGCUGGUCACAGACCAGGGCUUCCUCACAGAGGAGAAGGUGGUGUGGGAGAGUUUACACAACGUCGACGGCGACGGCAACUUCUGCGACUCCGAAUUCCACCUGCGGCCGCCCUCGGACCCCGAGACUGUGUACAGAGGCCAGCAGGACCAAAUAGACCAGGACUACCUGAUGGCCCUGUCGCUGCAGCAGGAGCAGCAGAGCCAGGACCUCAACUGGGAGCAGAUCCCCGAGGGAAUCAGCGACCUGGAGCUGGCGAAGAAACUCCAGGAGGAGGAGGAUCGCCGGGCCUCGCAGUUCUACCAGGAGCAGGAGCAGGCCGCUGCCGCCCAGGGGCAGGGACACCAGCAGCCACCGGGGGGCGCCGUGGGGGCCGCCGCUUCUGCAGCAGGGGCAGCCUCCAGCCCCGGGAGGCAGACCGGCAGCAGCGAGCGCAAGCAGAAGAAGGAGCCGAAGGACAAGGACAGGUGCGUCCUGUUGUAGGGGGCGAGGACGGGCCCCCGGAGAGCGAGCACGCAGAGCAAGAACACAAACCCGUUCACACGCCGCCUGUGCCUGACGUCCCCACACGCCCUCCGUCCCCAACACCCCCACCCACCACCCUGCCCAUGCCGACCUUGCACCCAAGAGAACGGAGAAUGGCGACCUCUUUGAUACCACCGGCCAGACGCAAUUCCACGUUGCACCACACACAGAAGACGUGAUGGAGGCUCUAGGGUGUAGGGGCGAUGUGUUUUAUAGCAAAAACCACAAAAACAGAAAAAAUACGGACGGCUGCACCUUGUAGUACCAAUGGACGUUUCGUAGAAGACAACCAUCACCUUUUAUGUUUUUUGGGGUUUUGUUUUAGUCAGUUGAUAAGCUAUUUUAUAUUACAGGACAUAUAUUAAGGAAGUUGUGUUUUUUUGUUCCCCGGUUCGUGGUCGCCGAACCGGACGACUUUGCCUCAGCUGAGGCCGAGUCUUUCCUUGUAGCAAAGCCAGCUGUGUCCGAGGGGCCAGAAGGGGCUGCGGGCAGUGGCGCAGACCGGGGCAGGGAUGAGGCAAAAAAAACAACACAAAGGGGAACUUCAGGCACUCUUCCCCUGGAAAACUCCUACUCUUCAGGUGGCUCCUACAAACCGGCUCCCUUGCCGCUGUGUCUUACGGUUUUUGUUUUUUAAGAAUUCAUCAUAUUUUCAGGUUUGUCUUAAGGAUUCAGGCCUGUGCUGUCCAUGGAAUGAGUUUAGGGCUGUUCUAGAGGGCCACCAGCACCUCACUAGCUCUAAUUCCUUGUGUUCCCGGAGAAGGACAGAACAUUCCUGCCCCAGCAUGGCCACCGCUGAGAUCUGGAGGGAUGAAGCCCUUGCAGACUUCUCUACUUCUGCUCCUUGUUCUCGCACGAUCGUCUGGGCAUCAAAAUCAACCCCCGUGUUUGAAUCUGUACCUGUCCUGGUUUGGCCUUAUUAGUACACACCCUUUGCUCCAACUGCUUACUGUUUAGGGACUGCUUGUAUCCAUGUGUGUGCACGUGUGUGGUGUGUAGUUGUAUCAGCAAGUGGCUCUGUUGGUUUUUUAACAAGGCCGUUUCAUCGUUGGUGAUAAAGAGGCUGAUGGGAUUGUCUAAAUUGUAAGUAAGACUAACAGAUGGGUUGGUAGGACUUGUUUGUACAAUGGUAGUGAUUUAACAUUGAAAACGUUUUUUAUCUGAUCUUUUAUUACAAAGAACCAUCGCAGAAAUUGAAGGGUUCUUGUUAAUUUUGUAUAUAGUGUAACCCGUAGUGACUGGAUUUAUCAAUAGCGAGUAGUGUUGCAGGAGGAUCGCUGAUGACUGUUACUGAACUAUGUAGACGACAGCCGCACAGUCUUUCAGCCCCAACUCCAAGAGCUACCUUUUUUCAAGUGCACGUACCAUGCCAACUGUAGUCUGUCUAAUCACGAUUGGCACCUGCGCUUUCAGCAGUAAUGGGAUUUAAGGGAAUUCAAAAGGCUGGCAGAUGCCAAUCUAGUCAUAUGGCUGACAGGUGGGAGCUGCAAUCUUAGGCUGACUUUCCGCAGACGGACGAGCCUGAGAGCUUUGGUUCCAGGUUGCUUUCAGCUUACUCGUCGAAAAUGGCUCCGGCCUUGUCCUAAGACAAUUCUGCUUAAUGUAGUCUGGGUCGCAAGUUGCCAUUGUGCCCCUUGACUGUGUUCACAAUCACAUUUCUUUUCUGCAUACAGAAACAACAGAGCUAGACAGUGAGUUGUCUCCCACAAAUUUAACGGUACUGCCGCUUCUUGAGCUAAUAACUAAGGUUCUCGGUCUAUACAUUCCAACUGAAUGCCUUUACUUACACGAGAACGUUUUUAAUGUGUUGACCCUGCACUCAGACAGACUAAGGGAAUUCACAGCAGCAUUUUAGCUGAAGGGACCUUGUCUCUGUUACUUUUUUUUACUGAGCGCUGUAUUUAUUUAGACUUUGUGAAAGGUGUAGUAAAAUCCCUUGAGGCCUAACUCACUCUGUACAUGAAAAAAAUAUAAGCCUUACAAAAGAAACUUUUUUUAAAGAAAAAAACAAAGGAUCUGCAUAAAGGACAAUCUGUAGAUUUCAACAGAAGCAUCAGAAAAACAGCAACCUCUCAGGCCUUUGAAAAAAUGGGACAUAAUCCACUCGUGUCUUUCGAUACUGCUUCAUGUUUAUAAGCUUUCAUAGAUGUUCUGUGGGUCCUUAAGCAGCAAUCUGUAGAGAACGAGUUGCAGAUAUAUGUAUAUCCCUACAUAUUGUUGAUUUUCAUUAAUCCUGUGUUUUCUGCGCAUAUUGUAUGUUGGCUCAUUAUAAAAUGCAUGUCUGCAUUUGUAUAUCAUACUGAAAUGUUAACUCUACAGUUUAAUGACUGUUUUAUUGUACUUUCAAUUGAAAAUUACAAACCUAAAUCAAGGCUUCCAGUUUCAGAAAUCCUAUGAUUACAGUGGGGAUAAUGCCAGAUGCUAUUUUAGUAGUAAUGAAAAUGGAUAUGUUUUAUUCUUGGUAGGAUGGAAGCCUUCACUAUCACUUGAAAACCAUAUUGUUGUGUUAAUAGUUCCCUGUGACAAAAAAUUAAGACUGUUAACCGUGGUCUGCAAAAUGAUUGGUGUACUUCAGAAUCCUUUCUCUUUUCUAAAGUAAAUGCCAAAAAGUAAAAGUAUCUUAGUGCUGUACCACCCCUGGCUGUGGGCCUUGGUGGUUUGCAACAGUGUAUUGCAGAAUUCAAAAACUGAGCCUGGAUGUAGGCUCUAGAAAACAAACAUCUGGGUUUUUCAUAGGGGACAUUUCAGAACAGAUCUACAGUGAGAUAACUUUCAUCUGUACAUUAACAGUAUGAAUUUGUGGUUUUCUUACACCCACCAUAAGAGCAUUUUGACAAUCUGGUUCUCAAGUGUUAGUGAUCAAUUAAUUGUAAACAAAGUGGAUACACCGAUUUCAAGACCCUGUUGACUUUAGAAAUAGCUGUUCUGAACUUGGAGGAGGGAGAAAGUCAGAUGCAAAUCUUUAUUAUUUCAUUGUUGGGCUUGGUAUGGCCAAGAUUGGUUUUUCAUGGACUUCAGCCAAGACAUUGUGGAUUCAGAAUGUGUAAUUGCUGCUGUGCAAAUGUCUUAAAAGACAGCUUGCAUUGUUUUACUCAUUUCACUCAAUUUUUCUCUACUAUACAGAACCAAUUGGUUUGAUUUUCUACUGGAAAUGUAUUCAUUUGGUUUAAUGGUGUUAGGCCUGCUUUUCAUAGGACAAAGAGUGGCCCUUUAGCUUUAUUUUUAAAAGUUGUUAAUUGACUCAGUGUGAGGUGUUGCUCAACAUUAACUUCUGUUGGCAAAUGGGCUGGGUUAACUACUACCACACCUAGUAGUAGCAUUUAGAGAUUACCGUAUCUGAAUUUAGGUAUAUGAAGUUUCUGAUUAAUCAGAAUUAAAACAAACUUGGUGUCUUCCCACCCAAAUGAAGGUAUGUUAAUACAUUUGUUAGAACAGAAAACACUAGUGGAAGCUUGGAGUAAAUUGUUCAUGUUUCCAGCACAUUGAAAUUCCCAAUUGUGUCAAAUAAGCCUUUUGUACAGCAGUGUAUUUACUAUAUCUAUCAACUAAAUGAAGGUAACACUAAUUAUGCAUAGCAAUGCAUGACUUAUGUCUCUUUUCAACACUUAAAUCAGAAAAACAACUCAAAAGGACAUUCCAAUAUAGCAUGUUUACUAGGAAGGCUUAUGUCUUGUAUGAUCAAGGAAGGAUAAAGAUCUUGUGAGUGACAAAAACUAUUGAGAACUGACCGAAAGGUUUUGAGAAAUACAGCUUUUCAGGUGCUGUACAGUAGUGUGCUGUUUUACCUAUAAAUAUUUUGCUUGGGGUAUUGGUUUUGUUCAUAUGUUAUAAAAGGUUUCACAUAUUGUAGCCCAUUUCCUCUUUAUUAAUGUUAAUUGCAGGGUUAUGCUGACCAUGACAUUGCAAGAGUAGAGUGUUGUCAGUUUGCAACAAUGUUUUAUGGUAAUAAUGGGGAAAAUGUACAAUGUGUGUUUCAUUACAAAGGCAAUCCUUGAAAAUUUAGUCUGAAAUGGUUUUGCACUGUUACAUGGAUAUGCACUAGCAAAAAAUACCUCAUUUUAUACAAAAUUGAAAGUACAUGUAAGCUUUAGGGCACCUUAUGAAUGAAUGAUCUGUUGGUAGUGGCAGGAUAGGACUGUACACAAGCUAAAAGGCAUGGUACAGUACUUCCUGCUUCAGGUCAUCAAUGGGACAGACAAGCUUAAGCAAUGCAUUUCAAACACUAAAAGGAGAUGAAAGGCUUUCAGCAAUGGCUUACGUUUUCUGAGGAUUUCUUACUAGGAAUAAUGGCACAGAAUUCCUUGAAAGAGAUAUCUACAUUCAAAGCCCGCCCCUUUCUCAGCCUGUUACUGACAGCUUCCUCAGAAGGAUUUUAAUAAAACAAGCUGUUUCAGGAUCCAUGGCUAUGGCAGCCCACUACAAUCUCUGGAAUACAGAAUCAAUACAUAGAAUUUAGGUUCAUCUCCCUCCUUAACAAGGAGAAAUAGUUAUAUCAAAUUGACCUCCCUUAUUCCUACAAUUUUAAGAUACAAUUCAUUUGAUUUCAAACACAAAGCAUGUUUAUAAUAUCAGAUCACCUAGAAAUCUUUUAAAAACACUAGUAGUAAUAAUCAUAUGUAUUGAAUGUCAUAGAAUGAAAAAGUCAUUUUAUUUACUCUUAACCUUGGGUUGUAAAUCAUUUUCUCUACCUUUGCCUAAGACAAAACAUUGUAUAAACACCACAUAAGAACUCAAUUCUGCUAACUGCUGGAGUUCUGGAUAUAGACAACCAUCCCAUUAUCCUAAUGAAACAGCUGAGUUUUGUAGAAGAAAAUACAAUCACUUCUCAUGAAAAGAGUUACAAUGUAAUGUUACAGUACAACAAUGGUUCAGAAUGCUAUCAGAUUUAAUACUUGUGACCAAAUAAUAUAGUUUGUUACAAUGUUGAGUUGCAGUUCAUUUUUUCUUUUCCCUAUAAUUUGCAAUCUUAGUUGGUUAACAAAAUGCCUUAGAAGACGAUGGGUGUGUAGCCCAGUAAACUGUAAUAUUACAAUAUUUAGAAUGGAAACUAAGGAUUGCCAGGUUAUUUUAACAUUACAUGCAGUCUUAUAUUAUGUUUCUGUAAUUAUGAAAAAACAGUAGCCUAUUGUGCCAUUAAACCUUAUUUACUCGCAGAUGUGCUUCUGUAAUAAAUUAAUGCUUUAUGUA